CCAAAUCAAUUGAAAAUCUCAGAUAAUUGAGAAGAUUCUUGAAGACAGCACUGUCCACCCUGAUUCCCUACACCACUGUGCUAUGAAGCCAUCUCCAUGUUGUCUCAGAAUAAAACCCUGAAAACCAUGGAAGAGUUGGCUCUUCAGAUCCUUUUGCUUUGCCAGGUUGUGGUUGGGAUUCUGGGCAACAUCCUUCUGUUUGUCCAUAAUUUCUCUCCAAUCUUGACUGACUCCCGACUGAGGCCCAUACAGGUCAUUCUAACCAACUUGGCUGUGGCCAAUGAAUUCAUGCUCCUUCUCUCAAUAUAUUUAUAUGACCUGAUUGAUUUUGUUCCAAGGAAGCCUCCAACUGACCUCAGAUGUAAACUUGCACACUUCUUUCACAUUGCGGCUCGAGGCACAAUCAUGUGCUCCACCUGUGUCCUCAGCACCUACCAGUUUGUCACUCUUGUUCCUGGUACCUGGGCUAGGGUCAUGUUCAGAGAAAUAACCCCCAAGGUUGUGAGCUAUUCUUGUUACAGCUGCUGGUUUUUGAGUGUCUUAAAUAAUGUUUACAUCCCAAUGAAUGUCAGUGGUCCACAGAAAUCACACAACUACACUGACUCUAAAGGCAAGUGGAUGUGCUACACCUCUAGGGUUAGUGUAGACGUGAAUUUCUUUCGUUUUUCCCAUGACAUAAUAUUCAUUGGCAUCAUGGCCUGGACAAGUGUCACCAUGGUGAUUCGUUUAAACAGACACCACCAGAGAAUGCACUACAUACAUAAUCCUAACCACAAAAACACAGGCCAUGCUGAAACCAGAGCAGCCCACACCAUCCUGAUGCUGGUGGUCACAUUUGUGAGCUUAUAUAUUCUAGACUGUACUUUUAUUUUAUUUCACAUUUCCUUUGUGGAAUCUCGGCUCUGGUUGAGGCAUGUCAUAGAACUUAUGACUCUAACCUUCCCCACCAUUUCUCCCUUACUGCUGAUCUUUAGGGAUCCUAGGGGUCCUUGGUCUCUACUCGUCAUUGUGGGUCUGGAAAUCCAUGUGACUAGGGGAGAUAUUACAGAGGAAGAGUAAGGUCAAAACGUGUGCAAACCUUAAAAAUCUCAUCCUGAUACCAGCAAGAGAAGGACUGAUCCUGCCUUGCUCUAGGACUGCAUCUACCCACACACAGAGCCAGUCCAUCCCCCAGCUCUGCCAUCCUGAAGUAGUCAUGUAGCCUAGUGGCCAGGAUGCAGGGUAAGCUUCCUAUCUCCUUAUAAGAACAUGUCCAGCUAGCACCAGGAAUUCCUAAUCAUGCAAAUGAAGCAGUCCCAGCAACUUGGCCACUGCCAAUGAUGUACACUCAUCCCAAAAAAUUCUACCUACUCUUGGAGGAUUAUAUAGACUAUGCCACCGCCAAUAAAGAUGUUUGUUUCACUGAAAACCAUCUUGAGAGAAGGCUGUUUCUCCUGGACCCAACACUGGCUGAGAUUCUGCUAGCAUGCCUUCACAAAUAAGCCUGUUUAUCAGUUUCAUACAAGACAGCAACUUAUUUCUUUGACAUAUUUUCUAUCCAGCCACUUUGCAGAAGUUAUUUAUCAGCCAUACGAUUUCUAAUAUAUCAUUUAUAGGGUUGCUAAUAUGUAUACUACCAUGUCACCUAUGAAUGGUUAUACUUUGACUUCUUCCCUUCCAAUUUGUAUCCCAUUGAUUUCCUUUUGUUCUCUUAUUGCUCUCAUUAGGACCUCAAGUUCUGUAUUGAAUAGAAAGGGAAAGAGUGGGCAGCCUUUUCUUUUCCCUGAUUUUAGUGUGAUUGCUUUCAUUUUCUCCCAAUUUAAUUUGUUGUUGAU